AUGUCCACCACGAUUUGCCAAGUAAUGGGCCUUUUUGUCUCAGCCUUGGGCUUUGCUGGCUGCAUUGUUGCCACAGCAUUGGAUACAUGGAGCACCCAGGACUUAUAUGACAAUCCAGUGACAUCGGUAUUCCAAUAUCAGGGCCUCUGGAGGAGCUGUGUCAGUCAGAGUUCGGGUCUUACAGAAUGCCGGCCUUAUUUCACAAUUCUUGGGCUUCCAGCAAUGUUCCAGGCUGUGAGAGCGCUGAUGAUUGUGGGCAUUGUGCUUGGUGCUUUUGGCCUCCUGGUGGCUAUUUUCUCCCUGAAAUGUUUACGGAUUGGCAACAUGGAGGACUCUGCAAAAGCUAACAUGACUCUGACUGCUGGAAUAUUGUCUAUUGUUGCUGGUAUCUGUGCUAUCUGUGGAGUGUCCGUUUUUGCCAACAUGCUUGUCACAAACUUUUGGAUGUCAACAGCUGGCAUGUAUCAAUCAGGAAUGAUGUCACUCCAAGUGAGAUACACAUUUGGUUCUGCACUGUUUGUUGGAUGGGUGGCCGGUGGCUUGGCCUUCAUUGGAGGCAUUAUGAUGUGCAUUGCCUGUAGAGGACUGGUCCCAGAGGAAACCCAUUAUAAGGCAGUGUCAUACAAGUCUGCUGGAUACAAGUCUGGAAUUGGAUAUGAGACCAAGAAGACCCCAGUAAUUGACAAUACCACUGUCAAAAGUGAUGAAGGGAGACGCCCUUACCCUUCAAAAUAUGACUAUGUAUAG